CUAUUACACGGUUAAGCAAGUUCAAAUCAUAUUGACUCGACAAGUUACAGAUCAAAUUAGAGUUGUAAUUUUGCCAAGUUAACCUAACUAGCCAAGCAUGAACCUAAUGUGUUUCUAAUGGUUUCCGGCUUUCCGCAUAUAAGAAUAGCCGAAUAGCCAUUAGCUAACUGAACUCUGCGGACAAAACUUCCUACACGUCUCCUCCCUCCAAACCAUAACCAAAACUCACCAUUUUCUUCCUCUAUCAAACGUCUUCAAUUCAGAUCCUUCUUAAAACUUUCUUCUAUAUGCAAAUGGUGUAAAGCUCUACUGAAAUUUUUGAACAACCUUCAAUUACGCUUCACAAUGCGAUUCCUUAGAUCAUUGAUUGGCAUUUCUAAUGAUUCUGCUCUGAGGAAUUCAAUCAUUUCAUCUCCAUCUUCUUCUUUGAAUUACAUUCAUUUAGGGUUAGGGUUAGGGUUUUAUAGCAGCUGCUGCCGGAGGAGUAUCGUUACUAGCUGUAGAGCGGUGCUUUUGCCUCAUUUUGGUGGCCCGGAAGUUCUUGAAAUUCGUGAUAAUGUACCUGUUCCUGAUCUUAAACCUGAUGAAGUUCUUGUUCGUGCUCGUGCCGUCUCCGUUAAUCCUCUUGACCUUCGGAUGCGAGCAGGUUAUGGCCGAUCUGUGUUUGAACCUUUACUUCCCCUCAUUCUGGGCCGUGAUGUUAGUGGAGAAGUUGCAGCUGUCGGAAGUUCAGUUCGAUCAUUAAGUGUAGGUGAAGAAGUGUUUGGGGCACUGCAUCCAACAGCCAUCAGGGGUACAUAUUCUGACUACGCCAUUCUCUCAACUGAAGAAGUUACAAAAAAACCUGCUGCCAUGAGCCAUGUGGAUGCUUGUGCGAUUCCCUUUGCUGCACUUACUGCAUGGCGUGCUCUCAAAAGUACUGCAAGGAUUUCUGCAGGUCAGAAAGUGUUAAUAAUUGGAGGUGGAGGAGCAGUUGGUUUUUCUGCAAUCCAGCUAUCAGUGGCUUCGGGUUGCCAUGUUACAACAACUGUUGGUGGGGAAAGUGUUGAACGUGCUUUGGCUGCUGGUGCUGAGAAGGUUGUUGACUUUAUCACUGAGGAUUGUGAAGUAGCAAUUAAAGACAAAUUUGAUGCUGUUUUGGAUACCAUUGGUAUACCAGAGACAGAAAGACUAGGAGUCAAUGUUUUGAGGCAAGGUGGACAUUACAUGACUCUGCAGGGAGAGGCAGCAUCUUUUUCUGAUCAUUAUGGUUUGGCUAUUGGUCUUCCUAUGGCUUCUGCCCUUCUGCUAAAGAAGCAAAUUCAGUAUCGUUAUUCGCAUGGAAUAGACUAUUGGUGGACAUACAUGAGAGCUGAUUCUGAAGGUCUACAUGAGAUUCGCAGGCUGGCUGAACAUGGGAUGCUGAAAGUACCUGUUGAAAAGACUUUCCCGAUUAUACAAGUGAGAGAAGCGCAUGAUGCUAAAGAAAACAAGACUGUUCCUGGAAAAAUAGUGCUUGAAUUUGAGUAAUGAGAGAUGAACAUGGGCUUGUUUGUGAAUUUCAAUUUCUGUAGUUUGUUUAGCGGCCGCAUCAAAUCCAUUCGAAGAAAAGUAAAGCCAUUCUCUCCGAAAGUGGAGACAGCAAUGGACAUGAACGGAAUCGAGAGUUUUAACGUUGUACAUUUGGAUCAAAAUGUAAAUAACACCUUUGACGGUGUGGCGUAUCGUCGAGCGAGAGUUUAUGUCAGAAAUUUAGAGUUAUGAUAUGUUACAGAAAUAUCAUAACUGAAACUUAAUAACAAGCUGGUAGUUUGACAGGUGAACAAAUUGUAUAAGACGUUUGAAUCGAUUUUCAUUCCUGUUGUGGCUUUUGGAUUUUUUUUUUUUUUUUGUAGUUUGUCUUGCAUCAUUUUUGCA